UCAAAAUGCCGAAUACACGACUCUUUUUUUUCCUUGCAGUCAGCUGCUGUUUGGUAACAGUUCUGUUCGCAGCUGAUCUCUUUUAUCCAGUGAUCGCGUCCUGCGUGAAAAUUCAUCUUUAUGCUAAGGAUAUGUCUUAUAAGGAGGUCAACGUUCAGAAGUGUUCGGAGCUUGCAUCACAAAUGGAUUUUAAUGAAACGACAAUGAUGUAUAUCCAUGGUUGGACAGAAGAUACUGAGUUUCCUGCCGUUACAGCCGUAAUGAAAGCCUAUCUCAACGCUACGAAUUAUAAUGUCAUGGCAGUAGAUUACAGUUGCGUUACGCUUCAACCUUACCCUACGUCAGUUUUGUUGUCCGAUGAUGUCGCUAUGCUUGUAACUGAAUGUAUAAAGGAUAUGGUGACGGAAGGACUAGAAGCAAGUAAAAUGCAUUUGGUAGGAUUCUCUUUGGGUGCCCAAGUUUCUGGGAAGGUUGGUCGUUUACUAGAUUCCAAACUCGCAUGGAUAGUAGGUUUGGAUCCGGCCGGACCUCUCUUCCAUAAUGAUACUACGGGGACACUGAAAGCCAUUGACGCACAACGAGUCACCUGUGUACAUACUGACAUGGGAGUUCUUGGAGUAGACUAUUCGUGCGGUGGUGUUGAUUUUUAUCCUAACGGCGGAAAAAGAAGCCAACCUGGUUGUUCCCCAAUUGUGGACCUCGGAGAUCCUUACGCCUACACAACAAUAGGCUGCAGUCACUACAGAUCUGUGUUCUUCAAAGUAGAAUCUGUGGGGAACCCAAAUGCUUUCGUGGGUGUGAGCUGUAAUAGUUAUGACGAAUUCAAGGCCAACGCGUGUAACAAGUCGGACACAAUUCUAAUGGAAGAUAUGCCAGCAAUCGGAGCUUCGGGUUCAUAUUAUUUCCAAACAAACUCGAAGAGUCCUUAUGGCAGAGGAAUGGCAGGAAUAGACGAGGACUCGGCUAUCAAGGAUGGCAUAAUCCUAUAACAUUUGCUUGUAUUAUUCAACCAAUAUUGGUUAAUCUGUUUCUUAAAUUAUUUCCUUUUAAAUCUUCUGGUUCGUGGGAAAAAACUUAAAGAUUAUCCUUUUCUUCCUACCGCGUAGGCUUUUCUCACGUAACAUAACGGAUUCUGGGUCAAAUUUUUUUUUGUAAAUUGUAUUUAACUUUGAGGAAUUCUUUGAUUUGCAAUGAAGUAUAUACAGAGUGUUUGGUUAUUCACUGUUAUCCUUCAAAGUGAUUACGGAGAUGUAAUAAAGAAAAUAAUAUUCUAUGAACAUGAUGGCAGGUAUCAGUACUUAAUGAGGACGCACGUUCGCAAAGAUUAGCAUUAUUUACGUGGCAGCAUUGUAAUAAAUGUUUAACGUGAUGUACAUUUUCUUCAUUGCAAAUAACAAUUCGGCGGGAUCUAUGUAACGAGAUAUUUUUAAUUACAGUUAAUACUGCAUUCCACAAUUUGUCACGAUUUUCAAUGGUGAUGGUAAUAAAUGGUGAUUAAAUUUCUA